AUGAGCAUUUAUACAUACAAUUCUCCAAUAAUCUUCAACAAAUUUCAUUCAAAUUGGCAACAAAUUAUUCUCAUUGACAUGCAUUUCAUCUAUUUCUUCUGCUUCUUCUUCCAAUUGAUCAAUAUUCAAACCACUGCAGCGCAAACGGACCAAACAGAACCAUUGGAUUUAUAUAUAUCAAAAGUGAGAGAUGACGGGGAUGGAUCACAAGGCUUAUCAAUGGGAAUAGAAGAUGAGAUUGGAUUACAAAUGCUUCAAACAAAAAGACUGGAUUUACCGGCUCCAAAAUUGAAAAAGGAAGAGAAUAAGUCGCAAGCCUUAUCAAUGAAGGGAGUGAGUGAUGAACGAAUUACACCGCGGCGAGAGCUCGUUCGAGUCGAAACACCGGUGGAAGUGAUGGAACUUUCGAAGCAGCAAAGAAGAACGAAAAAGAAGCAACGCUGUUAUAUAUGUCAAAAGGAAGUGGUGAAUAUAAAAGAACAUAUGAUGACUCAUACGGGUGAGAAGCCGUUUAGUUGUUUCAUAUGCAAAAAGGAUUUCAGUCGCUCUUCGUAUGUGAAAGGACACAUGAGGACUCAUACCGGUGAAAAGCCGUACAGUUGUCCGACAUGCAAAAAAUUUUUCAAUAAUUUCUCGAAUAUGAAAAAGCAUAUGAUGACUCAUACUGGAGAGAAGCCGUACAGUUGUCCGAUAUGCAAAAAGAAUUUCAGUCGCUCUUCGCAUGUGAAAGGACAUAUGAUAACUCAUACCGGUGAGAAGCCUCACAGUUGUCCAGUAUGCGGGAAAAGUUACGUACGAAAGAGCGAUUUGCACAUUCACACGGCGAUUCAUGGCAUGAAUAGUAGACCAGUCUACCACUGCACUAUUUGCAGUAAAGACUUUCAGAGAAAACUAGGCUUGAAAUUACACAUGAAGAAACAUUAA